UUCAAACUUAUACGACGGAAACCGAGUCUAUUGCGCCAAGAUGGGUCGUAUGCACAGCAAAGGAAAAGGUAUUUCAGCUUCUGCUCUGCCUUACCGCCGUUCGGCACCUUCUUGGUCCAAAGCCACCGCCGAAGAUGUCUGCGAUCAGAUUUUCAAACUCGCUCGUCGUGGUCUUACCCCUUCUCAAAUCGGUGUGACCUUGCGUGAUUCUCAAGGUAUCGCUCAGAUCAAGAGUGUGACGGGGAACAAGAUUCUCAGGAUUCUCAAGACGAAUGGUCUCGCUCCUUCCAUCCCUGAGGAUCUCUACCAUCUCAUCAAGAAAGCUGUCUCGGUUCGUAAACAUCUCGAACGUAACCGUGGUGACAAGGAUGCCAAAUUCCGAAUGAUUCUCAUCGAAUCUCGUAUCCAUCGUCUCGCCCGUUAUUACAUUCGCUCCCAGCAGCUUCCUCCUACUUUCAAAUACGAAGCUGCCAGUGCGUCCACCCUCGUGGCAUGAGCUUUCCCGAAGAGCUUUAAGCAGAUGUAAGAUGCAUGGGAUUACAACAGAUU